AUGCAAAUUUGUGGUGUAUAUGUAAGUGAAAAGAGAGUCGCGACAUCAGUCAGUGUCACGUGUAUUUUUUCAUCCUCGAGAAAUCCAACUUGGAUUUUCAGCAUUGAUAAAAUGAGUUCAGAGACUUACAUUAGAAAAUUACGUGGCUUUGCUGGUGAAUCCACGGAAAAUGAAUCAUUUACGCUUAAUACAGUGCACUUGCAAAAUCCAUACAAAGUCCCGCAGCGUUUUGAAGGCUUUAGUAACUCUCGUCACAAUGCAUUAAAGCUCCGGUCUAAUCUCUUUCCAAAGGUAGAUGAUGUCGACAAAACUAUUCAAGUUCGUAAAAAUACGUGGACUCAGGAUGAUAUUAAAAAUAUUUUGCCAACACAAAAGGAGAAAAUCCAAAUGUGCUUUCGGAAAAUAAAAUUCAAUUCAUUCUUGGAGCAAUAUUGCUCCAAUAGUACUUUACAUGGUCUUCGUUAUCUUGGAGAUUCUCAAGUAUCUUGGCUAUCAUCUCCAAUAAUUAUUUCGAUGAAUCCUGAGCCAGUAUCUUUUGAAGAAUUUCCGUUUCCCUCGGUGACUAUUUGCAAUAUGAAUAACGCCAAGAAGAGCGAAGCUGAUCGCAUUAAUAAUGGAAAUGAAGACCUAGACAAACUGUUGUUGGAGGAUAUUUGUAACUCCAGAAAUGAAACCGAGGUUGAUGAAGUUUUUGGAUCAGCAAACUGGACCAAUGUUUUGCGUUUUAUGAUUAAUGUAUCUCAACCAUGUAAUGAGAUGCUGCAUCACUGUCAGUGGCACGGUAACGUUACAGAUUGUGAAAGAAUAUUUAAUCCUACAUUAACAGACGAAGGAAUUCAAGAAUGGUCAGAUCUCAACAUAACAUUUCCAUUUCCAAUAAUGGAUUGGAAACCAGAGACUGGAUACAAUGAUUCAGUUCAUCCAGAAACUCAACCCUGGCGUCCUUAUGGUGCAGGAAAAUAUUACGGACUUACUCUUGUUUUAGAUACAAAUAUCAAAGAGUAUUACUGUUCAUCUACAGCAAGCGUAGGAUUUAAAUUACUUCUUCACAAUCCUGUAGAGACACCAAAGAUGGCUGAUUUUGGUUUUGCCAUAAGUCCUGGAGAAGAGACUCGAAUUGUCAUCACACCACGUAUUAACACAGCGAGUUUAUCAAUUCUUGGUAUACCUCGUAAGAAAAGAAAGUGUUUUUUUAAUACUGAGCGUAAAUUAAAGUAUUAUCGCACUUAUACCCAGAGAAAUUGUCUUCUUGAAUGUGAGGCUAAUUUCACUCAACAAAUUUGUAAUUGUGUCCAAUAUUACAUGCCAAAGUCAGCAAAUACUCAGAUAUGUGGUAAGAAAGAUGAUCAAUGUGCGAAUGAUGCUAGACGAUUGAUGGAAAAAAAACUUUAUGAUGACGAAGCAGUCGCUGAUAAACUUAAUGUUACUGAAAUACCAAGUUGUAAUUGUUGGCCGGGUUGCUUUGAAAUGAAUUAUGAGUUUACAAUGUCACACAGUAUACUUACAUCAGCAAUUCAUGUUGACGAUACAUAUAUUAAAAAUACCAACACUGGUGGUCUUCUUGGAUUGUUUAUGGGAUUCAGUUUUCUGUCAGUUGUUGAAAUUUUUUAUUUUAUAACUUUGAGAUUGUGGUGUCGGAUUCAGUGGAAUGAAAGGUCUAAAAGCACAGAUCACCGAAAAACAUCUGACGUACAACCAAAAAUAGUGUAUCCAUUUUCUCAACGUAAGUAUUUUUACAAUUGUUACUCACCUUUAAAAAUAUCAAAUAUUAGAUCACCAUUUACAAUCCAUUACUAA